UUUCAGAAUUUGGUAAUUAAUAGCCAAACGGGGAAAAAUGCAACACAAUGAGUGCCUUAACACAAAUAUUAAUCCAAACUCAUUGAAAGUCGAUAAAGAGCUGACUCAAAUGGCUCGUGACAUAUCAACAAGAAUGAACCAAAGAAUGACACAAGUCGAGCGUAAAGCCAAUGAUUUGGAAAAGUUUUCGAGACUUGUAGCAUUACGAGUUAAUAGUGCAGCAUCACGGAUGGCCAAUCUUAAAAAUCACAAAGCAGUUAGGCAGGUUAUUUCUACCCAAAACAUUCCAAAUUCUGAAGACAUGCGGGUUGAUAGCAGAAAAAGCAGCGGGUUCACUCAGGAAUUUUUGGAUUCUUACAAAAACGCAAUUAUCAAUGCCGGAAACACUAUGAACUUCCUGGAAAAUCCAACAGUCUUCACGUCCGGAUAUAUUGGAGAGCAGUCUGAAACCAAUGGUAAUGCAAAUGGACAAAGUGCCAGUAGACCACAAGCCAAUAGGAAUAGACAAAGAGCAUCUAGCUCAGAUGAAGAUGAAGUUGUGGAGUCUAGUAGAUCACGUGUGGAAAUCGGAAAUGGCGUAGAGCAGCCAAAAAUCGAUAUAGGUCCACGGGUAGCACAAACCGUUGAGGAGCCGGUGACACUGGCAGCUCCGCCACAGCCAAAGCCACCAAAACCAUCUCCAUCAACUACUGCCAUCUUGGUAGAUCAAGUCGGUCAAAAUGGGAUUCAACACUCACCUCAAGACGUACCGAAAGAAGUUGCUAGUAUCACUUCACAAAACGAAAAUAGCCUGGCAGAGCAUCACAAUGAGAAAUUGGUAUCCGAAAGUGCUAUGCCAAUUGAGAAGGGCCCAACGAGACCGGCGGCUAUGGCUUCAGUGAUUGGGGAAAUGAAGAAAAAGGUUGCCGCAAAAGCCAAGCUUUUGGACUCUGAUUCGGAUACGGAUCGUGAGCCGCUUGGUAGUAGUGAGACCGAAUCGGUGACCGUUAAAAAACUGGAGACAAGCACGGUUGAAGUUGUGAAGACCAGUAUUUCUGCUGAUCCGGUGAUUGUGAUUGGCCAUCCAAAAAUUGAAGUCAUCGCUGCAGUUGCAACGGUUGCAAAAACUGAAAAGCCAGCCGCUUCAAAGGUGCUUCCAAAAGCUGUGGCUACUCCUGUGAAACCGGCUGAAGCGACUCCAGCGAAACCAGACGAGUCUGCUCUGUCAAGAAAAAUCUUAGCAAAUGAGUUAAAGCCAGUGGACACUAAAAAGCUCGUGUCAAGCUUAUUUGACUCCGACUCUGACUCGGACACGGACAUCUUCAAGCCAACUACAUCAAUCAAGAAGCAGCCAACAGAAGUUGUCAAGAAAUCGGUGCCACCCAAGCCUGUUGAGGUCAAGAAAGUAGAGACUCCAAAACCUUCUCAGCCACCUCAAGUCAAACCCACAAACCAUACUGCUGUCCCAGCCACUAAACCAGUUGCGAAAAAAUCUUUGUUCUCAUCAGAUUCGGACUCUGAUGACGACUUUUUAAAGUCGUUCUCAAAAUCAAAGCCUGUUGCUAAAACGGAAUCCAUUCCCGUUGUGAAGAAGCCUAUUGAGCCAGUUGUUGUUCCAAAAGCUGUUGAUAUUCCAGCGCCAAAACCAACACCUGUCACCAACACUACCGCAGUAAUCCCCAAAGUAGAAUUCAAAAAACCAGCCGCCAAGUCACUCUUUGAUGAUAGUGACUCUGACUCAGACUUGUUCUCUCUACCCACAAAACCGAAAACACCAAUCGCUCCCAAAAACAGAAACUCGUCAAUUGUCACUCAACCUGAAAUGCUUUCAGGAACCCUCAUCAUCUGAACCAGCAAAACCAGCAAAACCAUCAAUUACCAAAAAAGAGCCACCAAGCGAAACAAUGUCUGCAAAAAUAUCACUAAUAGGAGACUUACAAAAAUCAUUCCGUCUCCCGGGUUCUACACCUAACAUUCCUGUCAAAAACUUACCGGUUAGCGAUGAAAAUGAUGUCGCUGCUGAGAAUCCAGAAGAUCACGUCGGUAGUAUUUUGAAGAGUCGCUGCCGAGGUCCUUCAAACCGCCGUCCACCAACUCGUCCAAAUGCGUCGUCGUCAAACUAGUUGAAAUUUUUAUAAUGGGUCUAACAUGUGAAUAAAUAUAUGAAGAUUGUGAAAAGUUAUGUAAAAAUUGCUAUAUGAACAUUUUACAAUUUU